AAACUUUUUGAUCUAACUGUAACUGUAGAAACAGAGAGGGGGAGAGAGAGAGAGACAGAAAGAGAGAAACAGAGAGGAGAGAGAAAGAGAGGGAGAGAGAAAGAAACAGAGAAGGAGAGAGAGAGAGAGAGGGAGAGAGAGGGAGAGAGAGAGAGAGAGAGAGAGAGAGAGAGAGAGAGAGAAGAGAGAGAGAGAGAGAGAGAGAGAGAGAGAGAGAGAGAGAGAGAGAGAGAGAAAUGGCGCCUCGAUGCUGCGCUCACUGAGGCAGUGUUUGGAGCCGGUCAGGGAGAUUCAGUGAGGGCAGACACAAGAAACAAACCAUGGUGAAUACAAGAAAAAGCUCCCGGCAGGGCAGCGGGCCCUUCAUCUCGUCUCGGACUCGGUCUUCGUCGAGAAUCGAGCGAAACUCUGAAGAACAUAAGGAGCACAGUAGUGAUGUGAGUAGUCCCAGCAGUCCGCGGUUGGCUCCCCCUUCCAAGCGGACACGCAGGCAGACCGCCUCAGAGCCCAGCUCCAGUGAUACCUCUCCGUCCCCUCAGACUAAGGGCCAGAGGGUCAGCUGGGGCAUCCCCACCUACCGCACCAGGUUGUCAUCUCGCAUAAUGCAGAAUGGGCACGCCCAUAUGAAUCAGAGCGGAGGGGGAGAUCACUCCCACAUGAACGGCCAUGUGGAGCUGAAGAGGAGCUGCCGGGUGAAGAAGAGCCAAUUUGAACACCUCAACCAGAGCCUGCUGUUUGACCAGCUGGUCAACAGCACUGCUGAGGCUGUCCUUCAAGAGAUGGACAACAUCAGCAGCAUCAGGCAAAACCGUGAGGUGGAGCGACUUCGCAUGUGGACAGGGGAUACUGAGGAGGAAAACAUGGACAUGUAUUCUCGGGUGAAGCGUAGGAAAUCAAUGCGUAGGAGUACUUUUAGUAUGCCUGCGCACCAUAAAGCCAUGAGUAAAACUGAGCAGGAGGAGGACGAAGAAGAAGGGACGGAAGAUUCUCACGGGGAGGAAGAGGAGGAGGAAGCAGAAGAUGACGAUGAAGAUGAUGAAGGGGAUGAAGUGGAAGAGGCAGGAGAGGAAAAUGACAGGCCUUACAACUUGAGGCAGAGAAAGACUGUGCAGAGAUAUGAAGCACCACCUAUUGAGCCUGUGAACAGAAAACAGAGCAACCCCUCACUGUUUGACACCCAUAGAUCCCCUGCAAGAAGAAGCCAUAUAAGAGUGAAGAAACAUGCCAUUCACAGUAGUGACACCACCUCGUCUUCCGAUGAGGAGCGGUUUGAGCGGAGAAAAAGCAAGAGUAUGACCCGGGCCAGGAACAGAUGUUUGCCCAUGAAUUUAACCGCAGAAGACCUGGCCAGUGGUGUGCUGCGUGAUCGGGCAAAAGUAGGUGCCAGUCUGGCAGAUGUGGAUCCCAUGAACCUUGACACCUCGGUGAAGUUCGACAGUAUUGGUGGCCUCAGUAAUCACAUUCAGUCACUAAAGGAGAUGGUUGUGUUCCCGCUGCUUUACCCUGAGAUCUUUGAGAAAUUCAAGAUUCAACCUCCCAGGGGGUGUUUGUUCUACGGCCCGCCAGGGACAGGAAAGACGCUGGUAGCUCGGGCACUUGCUAAUGAGUGUAGCCACGGAGACAGGAAGGUUUCUUUCUUCAUGAGGAAAGGAGCCGACUGUCUCAGCAAGUGGGUCGGUGAAUCAGAACGUCAGCUCCGCCUGCUCUUUGACCAGGCUUACCUGAUGAGGCCGUCCAUUAUUUUCUUUGAUGAGAUCGAUGGUUUGGCUCCUGUUCGUUCCAGCAGGCAAGACCAAAUACACAGUUCUAUUGUGUCCACUCUGCUGGCUUUGAUGGAUGGCUUGGACAGUCGUGGGGAGAUAGUGGUCAUUGGUGCUACAAACAGACUUGACUCUAUUGACCCAGCACUCAGGAGACCUGGACGCUUUGACCGGGAGUUUCUGUUUAACCUGCCAGACAAGACGGCCAGAAAGCACAUCCUUGAGAUUCACACAAGGGACUGGAAUCCCAAGUUGGCCGAGCCAUUUGUCGAGGAACUUGCAGAAAAAUGUGUCGGCUACUGCGGUGCUGACAUCAAAGCACUUUGCACAGAGGCAGCCUUGGUUGCGUUGCGCCGCCACUACCCCCAGAUCUACGGCAGCAGUGUUAAACUGAAGCUGGAUAUCACCUCCAUCGUCCUGGGGCCUGGCGACUUCAGCAAGGCUAUGAGGACCAUCGUCCCAGCCUCCCAGAGGGCCCUGGCUCCACCGGGCCGAGCCCUAUCCCCCGCCCUCAGGCCCCUGUUGGCCAGCUCCUUCUCCUUGGUGCUGAAAGCUCUGCUCCGUGUCUUCCCCCAUGCUCAGUGUGCUGACAGGGACAACACACAUGGCGGUGACAAUCAACUGCUUGAAGAGGACAUGUACAGCGACAACGACAAUGAGGAAGGCUCUUCUUCCAUCUAUGAAGUCCAGCCUACUGCAUCCCCAAAGAGUCAGCCCUCCUCCUCUGCAACGCACAGACCCUUCCUCCAUUUCUCUUUAUCUGCCCUCCAACAGCCCACAGCAUAUCGGCCUCGUCUCCUGCUGGCUGGCGCCCCCGGCUCAGGACAGAGUUCCCAUUUGGCCCCUGCCUUGCUGCACCACCUGGACAAGCUGCCAGUGCACCGCCUGGAUUUACCCACCCUGUACUCCAUCAGCGCUAAGACGCCGGAGGAGUCCUGUGCUCAGGUUUUCCGUGAGGCCCGCCGCAGCGUGCCCAGUGUGGUGUUUAUGCCGCACGUCUCCGAGUGGUGGGAGACAGUGAGUGACACUGUGAAGAGCACCUUUUUCACCUUGCUGCAGGAUGUGCCCUCCUUCAGCCCUGUCCUUAUUCUCGCCACAGCUGAAUCCCACUACUCACAGCUGUCAGAUGAGGUGAGAAGUAUGUUCCAGAGGAGCUACGGGGAAGUAGUGACGCUGUGCCCUCCAGAAGAAGAGGACAGGAGGAACUUUUUCUCUGAUCUGCUCCUGGUCCAAGCAGCCAGGGCUCCCCCUCGCCUCAGGAAUACAGAGACGUGUAAAGAGGUACUACCAGUGGCAGAGGCUCCAGGCCCCAGGGUCCUGUCGACAGAGGAACAAAGUCGCUUAGCUGAACAAGAGGACAACACACUACGCGAGCUCAGGCUCUUUCUCAGGGAUGUGACCAAGCGCCUGGCGACUGACAAACGAUUCAACAUCUUUAGCAAACCAGUUGACAUUGAAGAGGUGUCAGACUAUCUGGAGGUUAUUCGGCAGCCUAUGGACCUGUCGACUGUUAUUACAAAGAUUGACACCCACAAGUAUCUGACAGCAAAGGACUUCCUGGUGGACAUCGACCUCAUCUGCAGUAAUGCUUUAGAGUACAACCCUGACAAGGAUCCUGGAGACAAGGUGAUCAGGCACAGAGCAUGCAGUUUGAAGGACACAGCCCAUGCUAUAUUUGCUUCCGAGCUGGACCCUGAGUUCAACCGCAUGUGUGAAGACAUCAAAGAGGCAUGCAAGAAGAGGGCAGACCUUGAAACGCCAGCUCAGGCAACGCCAGCUCCAGCUGUGGUGACAAGGAAGCAUUACUAUUCUGUAGGAGAGGAACUGGCCAAGAGCAGCACUCAGGGCGAGGCCACUGAAAAACAGUGCACCCCCAAUCAUAUCAAACGGAAGUUUCGCCGUCGGCCAUCUUGGGGGCGGGGCAUAAUUCGCAAGAAGAAGAUCUAUAAGAAAGGGACAGAAGAGGAAGAGGAGGACGAGCCUGAGCCAGAAGUGGAAGCCACUGGGCCCAGUGACUCGUGUUUGACGCAGGAUGAGGAAUCCUCCUGUGAUACCACAGGUCCCCAGCCCAACGGCCACCACCCCCACCUUCCCUCCACGGAGGAGGAGAGCUCCAAUGAGCCCCCUGUUACUGUUACUUCAGAAGCCAGUGAAGCUACAGAAGAGCCCGUCCUUAUGGAAGAGAAGCCCACAGCCAAAGAGGCAGAGUGUGAGGAAACAGAGAAACACACCGAGCUGCAGAGUCCAGGAGAUAGUUCUCAGCCUGAAGCAGAGGAGGAUAUUCAGCCCAAGCAGGCUGACAUCCAGCCUUUGACUGAAACAACCAAGUCCUCAGAUGCUGAGGCCCAGCCUAAGCACACAGAUGAUCUCCUGGAAUCACACGUGGAUUGUGUGAAUGGGAACGAUUCAAUGGACAGCCUUGACUCACAGAGCCUCGAUAAGAGCAGUGAAGCUGACAAAAGGACUCCUCAAAGCACGGCUGAGGACUGUCAUAAUCCAGAUCAGGAAGAGCACAAAGACAGAAGUGAGAGCGUACCAACUCAGGAGCACCCUUCCGAGGAUGGAGGGACAGAAAAUCUUGAGGAAGACCAAGAUCAAGAAGGGGGUUCCAAUGCCAGGAAACGCAGCAGGAGCCUGUCAGAGCAGCUGAUGGGGUCUGCAGAGAGUUCAGAGGAGCAGCCGCAACCAGUCCCUCCCCGUCCUCCUGUGGUGGUCGACCACCAGCGACUUUCGUGUCUUCUGGAUACAGUGGUGAAGAAGAGUGAAGGCUACAGCGUGGAGCAGCUAGAGAGACUCUACUCUCUCCUCAGUCAGUGUAUCUACCAGCACCGCAGAGAGUACGACAAAACCCAGCUACUGGAGGAGAUGGAGGAGAGAAUCCAGCAUUUUGAUACAUUCCUGUGAGAUGGAGAGAAAUCCUAUCAGGUACAUCCUGAACAGCCUGGGACCACAAAAACUGAGAGACUACGUGGAGGAGAGUGAAGGAACUUCUGAGUCCAGCCCUCAACAAUAUCAACACACAAACACACACACCCACAGCACCCUUCUUCUGCAGGGAGGGGACACGAGGACGAGGUUGAGGAGAGAGACAUUAAAUGGUGCUAUCGUCUCAGGAACCUGGCCAGAUCCAGACCCAUUCUUCACAACCAAACUCCUGGAGGUGUGUUGGUCACACACAUGCACACACACACACCAAUGGUGAUGCGCAACCCUGGUGCUACUCGGGUGCUAUCCUAACUUUUUAUCCAUGCUGCUCUUGGGAUUACUUCUUAACUCGGAUGACUAGAAAAACCAACAGAUCGGGUGAUGUCAUAUUGCAACAUGGCCGCUGCUCCUCUGAGCAGUCCUCUCAUACCCUCAGACACAUACACACAUGCUCAGACACUUGGGUGUGCAUGUAAUACUACAAACACACUCGCUCAGAUCCUCACCAGCAGAAUUAAUGCAGAGUGCCGCCAGGAGAUGAGGACAGAUAAUGUUCUGAAUCACUGAAGUACAUCGCUGAGCUCGUCUCGCCCUCAAGUGGAAAGCUUCAUCACAGGCCAGUCGUCACCUCACUAUUAUCCGGCUCAUUUUUUCUGCCAUCUUAGCUACCUGAUUAAUUCAAUAUCUGAGCCAGCGUCAAGGAUACUCACCCAGAACAAUAGUUUACAAAGUUUUACACCAACUGGUUGAGGUUAGCACAGCAGGACUUGAACCCAUUAUGUCCUCCUUAUUGAAGCUGUUAGCCCCCUAAGUGUUCGGUGAGCGUUGCCUGCAGGUCACUCCACACAGACCACCUCUUGUGUUCAGUCUCAGCAGAUUGUCAUGUUCUUAAUUGUUUGUGUUAGCUGACCCCCCCCCCCCCCCCCUCUCCUCACUACAUGCUCAGUCUGAAUAUUCUCCCUCCUGUCAAGCUGUGCUGCCAGUUGAUUUUUCCUACCGUACUGACGCUCCGAUUGAGGAACUGGACACGGGACAAAUUGGAGAGCGUCUGGAGUUUGCACUGCCUAGUGUGUGCCUUAUUUCAAAACCUCAUAUGAAACUCUGAAAUAUGAAGCAGGAACUUUUUAUUUACUUCUUGUGACAAUAAACAGUCUCCAGUUAUUGGUUCCAACCACUGAGGUCACAGUGGUUUUUUGAGCAUUCAAAUAUAUGAAUGCCAAUAGGUCGUUCAUAAAAAACAACAUAUCUUUAUGAAACAUCUCAAACUUCGGCCAAACAAAAUUUAUACAUCUGAGGAAUGAAAGGAUUUUUAGAUGCUUCUUACCCUCUCUGGCUCCGACCAGAUGCAUCACAAGCACUUGUAAUGUUGUUCUGAUAUUUACAUGUAUCCAUGCUCGGUUAAACACAGAGCUGAUGAGGAGAUCCGUCUCAUCCUGAGCAGAGAGCAGAUCUGAGUAAAGGUGGACAACACCAGCUUGUCUUCAGUUUUUCAUAUGCAACAAAAGAAAAAAGAACGGGAGUCAAAGGAUUUAUUGUGCCAAGUGUUAUCUCACUCCCUUAAAGGUGCUGACAUAACGGUGCCUGUUCUGUUUCCACUCUGAACAUGUUCUCUGAUAUGGUCAUAAAAACGUAUGUAUUAAGUUGUGUAUUUGAUAAAUAUUUUUUACUUUUUAUACAAAGCUUUGCUUGAGUUGAGAUUGUUUUUGCAUGGGUUUGUGAAUCCAUAAUGAACAAGGCCAUUCUAGGCAGUGCCCGUCACUAAGGUGUAUAAAGCAUUACAUGAUUGUUUUUUUAUUUUCUCCUUUAAAUGUGUGAACCGACUUGGUGGGUUUCUUUCACUUCAUUCUUUUCUGACACCAGACAGGAGAAGCUGGAUUCUCGUGUAUUCUACAUGUUGCUUUCUGACUGCAGUAAAUCAAGUAUUUACUGACGCUUUGCAAGGUUUUAAUGGCAUUUGCCAGAUUUUGAGCAGGUUUAGACUGGAGAAGGCCCCCCCCCCUCCCUUUCUCUCCCUGCGAUCUUGUCCAAUCUUCAAACCUCUUGGUGCAACUCUGACCCCAGCUCACCUCUGCCUUUAUUCUCAAAUCUUUGGUGACUAAAGCAAAGACCAUUUGCAAACUGGCAAUGACAGGUUAGCACUUGGACUACUGCAGAGAGAAAAAAAACAACGCUACCUCAGCUUAAUUUAUUUCAAUGCGUAAACUGUUUACUGGGUACAAAAACAGUAUUUUUUUCCUCCCCCAGAAAUACUGUUGCAACAACCACAGUACCAGCGAAGGUACCAGAGCAGUGCAACCACAGCUGCAGCAGUAAUCCAAGAGUAGUUUAUAUCUCUCCGAUCCUUCUGUAUGUUUGCAUAUGAGCCAGAUGAUGAUUGCAGAAAUUCUAAGGAUAUUUCAUGAACUGUAUACGUUCUGCUUUAUUUUCAGGUUAAUUUCUACAUUCAAUGAGGAGAUAAUCCUAGACCUGCUCCUCUUUCAUAUUUCCAACCUUCACCGUUGACAUUGUAGAGAUCAUUUUCUGCCUCCUCUCACAUCCAUCGCCUUUCCUCUUUUUCUUUUUCUGCAGAUUUUCAUCUCAUGAUUCUGAUUAUUUAUUGUUCAAUGUGUUUUUCAUCUAAUAUUCAGCAAACUUUCUUUUUGUAUUGUUUGAAAAUUAACAAAUGGAGAAGCAUCACGCGUCCAUUUUAACCGUUUUGCUGAAUUGCGUAGCGUUUGUGUAGCACGUUUAUUUGGUGUGUACGGGGGAAUAAAGGGUUUACAGGUCUCUCAGGUUCAACACGCAACAACAUGCCCUUUCCACUUUUCUAUUUAUUUCAUUGUUCUGGUGUUUUCUUUGUUCCUGUGGUUACAGACUGUGGCAUACUGGAAGAGACUGACAUUAGGAUGGAUGUGAUAUUUAAUGAAAACGCAGUCCGUCUGGUGCAUCCCAGAAAGAGAAACAGGACCAGACUAACUCUCUUUUUAAUGUUGUUCACUUUGUCUCCACUUUCUGCCAAAAGAAUUAUUUUUUAUGAAUAAUAAACACUUAUGGAAUUAAAAUGGGUAGUUAAAUGUCAUACAUUGUGAUCUUCCUUUCUUAUUAUGAAUUGUAGCCAGUUUGGACUAACAACCAAUUUUUGUCUGGUAGUUGAGACGACUUAGUCCAGUAUGCAGAAGGAAAGGGUUUGUUCUCUCCUAAAUUUCUUUGUUCUUCCCUUUCUCUCCAUUUUAUUUAGUCGAGACUGUCCAUAGCUUUGUCUGUUUGUUUGUUUGUGUAUUUAACACACCUGUUCACAAUUGUUACUUUAGUGUAAGUUAUAUUUGAAAUGAAACUUUUACUGUAUUUCUCAAAUAAACUGCUGUGAUAUACUUGAAUAAAAGGUUCAAACUGUAAA